ACCAGUCCCGCGAUUGAGACCGGGGCGGCGGGAGCAGGACUCACUCACAUCAAAAUAAAUUAAUUUGCCAUUCGUAUGAGAGAUUAAUUUUAAAGUUUCUGAAAAUUUGGUAAUUUUUUGGUAUUUCGAUAAAUUCAGAAUUGUCAAGUAUUUCUUACCUGGUCGAUGUGAAGGAGGAUCAUAUGCUUAUCGGGUCGGGGACGUGAUUAGGAAUUGUGACGUAUUUCUUACCUGGUCGAAGUGGAGGAGGAUCAUAUGCUUAUCGGGAAGGGGGCGUGAUUAUUGUGACGUAUUUCUUACCUGGUCGAAUUGGAGGAGAACCAUAUGUCAAUCGGGAAGGGGACGUGAUGAAAAAUCGAUGCUAUCGUCUUCAAAGAUUAACCGAAAAGUAACGGAUUUGACUGCUGAGGAUUAUCAAUACCUGAAGCACCCCAAAUUAGUAUUUGAUCUCGUCUACUAAAAAUAGUGGUUGCUGUUGAGGUCCACCCUACAAAGACCCCACAAUUAUUCUCGUUUCGGCCUCAUCAUUCGUGCCGUAAAAAAUGGCGAGCAAGGACAUUUCUAAAAAAGAUAUCGCCAAGCAGUUCGACCUGCCGGAGAGAAAGUCGAAAAUAGCCACUCUGUUGAAGGAAACGGAUGUUUAUUGCAUCUGCCGCAGUAGCGACUCGACACGUUUUAUGAUAGCUUGUGACAAUUGCGAAGAGUGGUUUCAUGGCGACUGCAUCAACAUAACGGAAAGUGAUGCAAAGGUCAUAAAGCAUUACUAUUGUCCUGGAUGCAUUGCUGACACUCCAUCUUUAGAGAUAGAAUACAAGAAGCCCAAACAACCCAGUGUACCCUCAUCAUCCAAAAGGAGGAAGAGCAGCGAUGGGAAGAAGGAGAAAGUCCUCGGUAAGAAGAAUGCGUUGUCAUCUUCAAAGAAAUCUGGGCAGAGGAAGCCUAAACGUUUGCAGUCUUCUGGGAGCGAAAAUGAUGACGACAGAGAUUACAAAGUCUUGACGCAACAAAGACAAAAUCGAGACAGACAUUCGCCCAAUCUAUGGGCUUCUUCGGAAGAAGAUGCUCCACCACCACCGAGUGAAAAGCGAACUGCUAAGAAACAAGAAAAAAGACGGAAGGAAAAGUCAAAAGAAAAGGCUCGUCGGAAGACAAGAAUUCGUCGCCAAACGACAUCCUCUGAAUCGGAAAAAUAUUAUUCUGACGAGUUUAAUGAUGAUGAAGAUGACGAGAAGCAAUGUUUUGGAUUAGAUUGUACCAACGCAGCGAGAAAGAAUUCAAAAUAUUGCAGUCAAGAAUGUUGCAUUAAACUUGCAACGGAACGGAUUUACAGGAUUCUUCCGGGUAGAAUCCAAGAGUGGAACUUGACCCAGUCCGUUGCUGAAGAACAUAAUCGCAAAGAGUUGGAAGAGAUUCGGACGAAGCAAAUUGAAGCUAAAAUUAAAAUUUCUGAGCUUGAAAGGAAACGAGCUGAUCUCGACCGACACGUUCAUAACGUUCAACAACUCGUAGUAGAUCCAGAUGCGGAAGAUGAAGAGCCAGAAGAAGAAGGAAUCAUACACUGCAUUACAUGUGGUCAUGAAAUUCCUAUAAGGUCAUGUAUCAAACACAUGGAGCGAUGCUACAACAAAUACGAAAGUCAAACCUCCUUUGGUUCCAUUUAUAAAACAAAGUUGGAAGGAACGCCGAUCUUUUGUGAUUUUUACAAUCCAUCAAAUGGUACUUAUUGCAAGCGAUUAGCCGUGCUUUGCCCCGAACAUUCGAAAGAACCAAAAAUUCGGGACAGUGAGGUUUGUGGCUGCCCUGUCGUUGUAGACUUGACUGAAAACAUGGAGAAAUUUUGUCGCCUUCCCAAAAAGAAAUGUAAUCGACACUUUUGUUGGGAAAAACUUCGACGAGCUGAACUUGACAUGGAACGAGUUCGAAAUUGGCUAAAACUAGAUGAAUUAUUGGAACAAGAACGACAAAUCCGUUUGGCCAUGUCAAAUCGGGGUGGAGUAAUGGGCCUCUUGCUACAUUCUACGUUUGACCACGAUCUCCGAAACCGAAUUCAAACUCAAAUGCAGGAAGGAACCUUGCAACAAGAGAAAGCAUCCGCAGACUUAGGCGAAGAUAUUUCUGAGGAUGAAGAAGAUGACCACGAAAAUGCUCGUGAAUCAAGUUGCGAAAAUGUUACAGACUAAUUAGUAGAUAUGCAAUAUUAUACCAAUUCAUGAAAAAUAUUAUAAGUACAUCUUUUUUUAUUUGUUGAAAAUAUUUUCUACACGAAAUGAGUUUAAAUGACAGCUUAUAUUUUUAUUAUAAUUUAUUAUUAUUAGCCCUUCAUGAUAAUAUUAUCUUCAUGUGGUUACAAUGCCUAGCUGAGUUUCUAACUUUUACACAAUACAUUACUUACCAGGAUAGUUAAGCAAUAGGAAAUAGAAAGCUAAGUGUUUUUGUUCUUAGUUCCAAAUUGCAUAAGAUACUUUACAGAUUUAUUAUAUCUAAAACCCAGCAACUAAUAAAUGCUCUACUAUUGACGAAAUGAAAUAGUAAAGCUUCACUCAACCUCUA